GACGCCCGUCCUGGCUGUGAGACGCCCAUCCUGGCUGUGAGACGCCAGUACAGGAAUUCACCCUUUGAUUGUGGUGGUGGGAGGAAAGAGUUGUUGCUAUAGUGACGGCCGCAGCUCUUGCUGCAAGGCCCUCUCAGGUUGGCGGCAUACAUAUGACAUACAUAUGGCAUACAUAUGACAUACAUAUGACAUACAUAUGACAUACAUAUGACAUACAUAUGGCAUACAUAUGACAUACAUAUGACAUACAUAUGACAUACAUAUGACAUACAUAUGACAUAGCAUGGGACUCCAGAAAGAAGACCCAGGGCCCCGUUUCCAAUGAAGACAUAUUUUAGGCCGAGGCUGAAACAGGAUCUGAAAUUAAUAUAAAUAUCCUUCAUCUUAUGUUUGUGUUUAUCAAAGAGGAUCAGGGAAAACACCAGUCUCAACGUCAACAGUGAAGAGGCGACUCCGGGAUGCUGGCCUUCGAGGCAGAGUUCCUCUGUCCAGUGUCUGUAUUCUUUUGCCCAUCUUAAUCUUUCAUUUUUAUUGGCCAGUCUGAGAUAUGGCUUUUUCUUUGCAACUCUUUCUAGAAGGGCAGCAUCUUCACUGUUGACGUUGAGACUGAUGUUUUGCAGGUACUAUUUAAUGAAGCUCUUUCUAAUUAGCCUUUUAAAAUGAUCAACUUGCACAGCGUGCCAUUGGAACACAGGAGUGAUGUUGCGGAUCAUGGUCCUCUGUUCGUCUAUGUAGAUAUUCCAUUAAAAAUCAGCUGUUUCCAGCUACAAUAUUCAUUUACAACAUUAACAAUGUCUACACUGUAUUUCUGAUCAAUUUUAUCUGAUUUUAAUGGGCAAAGAAAUGUGCUUUCCUUUCAAAAACAAGGACAUUUCUAAGCGACCCCAAACUUUUGAACGGUAGUGUGUGUAUGACAUCACUCCGUAGUUUAGAAUUGAUGCAGGAAUUGUUUCAGCUACGUGACCUCUCUCAUACUAGUACACUCUACAUGACAGGUGUGAUCAGCCGUUUGGUGCAUUGAUAUUUUAGGUAAAAAUAAAUGUAUAUCUGAUGCAUAGUUGUUUUUCUCUCUGCCUAGAUGGGUUGAUGACAGAGCAACGACAGAAGCUGGCGAAGGAGCGGAGGGAGGAGAGGGCCAAAUACAUUGAACAGCAAACUCAGCUGCAAGCGACUAAGAAGGCCCAGUGGCUGGAGAAGGAGGCGAAGGCGAGGCGUCUGAGGGAGAGCCAGCUGGAGGAACGUAGGAGGAGGCUGGAGGACCAGAGACUGAAGCUUGAGAAACGCAGAGCCCUCCUGGAAGAGAAACAGAUGCAGAAACUAGAGAAGAACAAGGAGCGCUACGAGGCGGCCAUCAGGAAGUCAACCAAAAAGACUUGGGCUGAGAUCCGUCAGCAGAGAUGGUCCUGGGCUGGAGGCCUCAACCAGACCUCGCGCAGACAAAGCAGAUGUUCGGCCUCCACUGUCAACAUACCGAGACAGGUGGACCCUGUCAUUAACAACAGGCUGUCCAAGUCCUCUGCAACCCUCUGGAACUCCCCCAACAGAACUCGCAGUCUGCGUCUUAGUCCGUGGGAGAGCCGCAUCGUGGAGCGGCUCAUGACCCCCACCCUGUCCUUCCUGGCCCGUAGCCGCAGCGCCGUGACCCUGCUCAACACUAGCGACUCCCGGGACCCCUACUCUCACCACUGCUCCCGUUCAGCCUCCGCCAGCCCCCUGGACGCCUGCUCCCACCACCACCCUCACCGGGACUCCUCCGAACGCUGGAGGGGAGGAGUGUCCGCCAGCACUCCUGACAUCACACAGCGCCAACGCCGACGGAACUCAACGCUGUUGGAUAAGAAGAAGAAAGAGAAGAAAGACAAGGAGAGGGAGAAUGAAAAAGAGAAAGUUCUGAAGAAGUUACCAAUACCGACCAGAUCCCGGCCGGAGUUCAGCAGUACCCCAAAACCCCAAAACCGACCUCCAUCACCUGUGGCCCCCAAAAGCAAACUGUUGUCCCCCUGCCCUCCAAUGGCUCCCAAGACCCCCUCCACGGGCAGGAAGAUCCCCACAGGCACCAAGACCCGCCCCAAAAGAGCCCAGACCCCUGUCAGGGUACAGCUUCAGCCGGUCACUGUGGAAACUAACAACGAGCCCCAUCAGCCAGACACUCCUGAGGAGACAAAGAGCUCCAGUAAUGUUCCUGCUAUAAUGGUGUCUUCGGCGCCGGCGACACACACAUCUCUUAGUGCACCAGUCACAGUGGCCGCCUCUACCCAAUCCUCAAACCUACAGCUGACUGCCCCUGCUGCCUCAACUCCCACAACUGCCUCCUCUGCUGCCUCAUCUGCCCCGGCUGCCUCAUCUACUGCUGCCACUCUGGCUUCCAGGCCCUCAGCCGGCACCAACGACCCAGAGGAAGCAGCUCGAGUGCUGGCUGAGAAACGCAGACAGGCCCGGGAGCAACGGGAGAGAGAGGAGCAGGAGCGCCUGGACCGAGAGAAGAGGAAACGGAUUGCUCGUGAGGAGGGCAUGGCUCGGCAGGCGGAGGAGAGGAGGCGCAGGGAGGAGGAGGCAUGCCUCAUGGCGAAGGAGCAGCUUCUGAGAGACGAGGCCCAGCGCCUGGAGGAGGAGAAGGAGGCGAAGGAGAAAGCCAAGGCGGAACAGGAGGAGAACCAACGCCUGCAGAAACAGAGGGAGGAGGCCGAGGUCAAAGCUCGUGAGGAGGCGGAGCGUCAACGCCUGGAGAGAGAGAAGCACUUCCAGAAGGAGGAACAGGCGCGCCUGGAGAGAAAGAAGCGCCUUGAGGAGAUCAUGAAGAGAACUCGUAAAAGUACUGAUGCUGGAGAAAAGGUGAUUGAUCCUUCACUGCCGAAUGAUUCCCCAGCGCAGGUCAACGGCAAAGAUAGUACGAAGAACAGUAAAGCUCCUAAAAUGCAGCAGAUUGAAGCAGAAUCCAGCCCUGUGCUGAAUGUUGUCCGGCCAGCCAUGCACCAGAAUGGCCUCUCAGCCAACGGGAAGGCAGCUGACUUGGAGCAGAUCAUACAGCUGUCCAAUCACAGCAGGAGCAGCAACGGUGGGCCGGGAAAACCGGGGAGUGGCAUCGUCAGCGACCCAAUCCUGGCCUUCGAGGGAGGAGAUCCCUUCUUGAUGAAAACGGGUCCCAUGAAGCCUCAGCAUGCUGCAGGUAGCUAUACAGAAGUUCUCUGAGACACCAGGCUUCCACACGCUUUACUCCACUGGUUGAUGUAGCUGAUGUGUGCCACACACUGCAACAGCUUCUAAAGGAAGUGUGUCAAACAAAGAAACAAACUAUGGACUAAACUUUUAAAUCACUUAAAAACAUCAAAUUCCACAGAGGUCCUGAGGGAGGAAGAAAACUCUGCGAAGAAAAAAGAAAAAAGCGUAAAUGAAAAAAAAAAUAUUGUCUGUCUUCUCGGCAUGUUUUGGUGCAACAUACGUUGGGUUUUGUUGAAAAUGUCAAAUGGAGAUUUUAUGGUGCACCUUUAAAUGGCUGACAAUGUAAUAUGAGGAGUUUUAGAGCAUUGUAAGACCUGGAAAUAUACUGUAUUUGACUACGGUUAUUAUUAUCAUUGUUGUUAUGCUAUUGCUGUUGUUAUCUUAAAGUUGAACAAAGUGUGUGUUUGUUA